ACCGAUUCGCGCGGACAGUGCCGAAGUGAUCGUUAAAGGCAGCAGCAGCAUGCUAUAGAACCCGCGUCCCAUCCACCUCCUUGGGACAAUAAUCUUUCUAUUUUUUUGUUACUUUUGUCCAAAGAGACUUUCUGUAGUGUGGUAUUCCUGUGUGCGUAUGUGUGUGGAGGCGUAUUUGUGAAGAGAGUUUACGAUGGCGAAGCCGUUGAUUGUACUAUUGUUGUUCAAUUUGGUGUUACUUAUCAGCAGCGUUGCUGGUGUCGCAAAAAGCGUCGGCGAUCGUGCGCGGAAACAGGCGGUGGGUGAAACGCUACUGUCCGAGCAACUGUUCGAGAUCAUCAAGCUGUACCAGACCGAGGAUCCGGUGGGGUUACCGGGCGCCACCAUACCGGAUCCGAUGCGCAUCCCGGACAUCCGCCAAUCGGUCUCGAUCGCCACGAUCUACAUGACCAAGAUGGAGGUGUACGGUAUGUCCAAGUUCCGCAUCCGAUACUUCCACACCGAGCUGAACAGCAUGGCGGUGCAGUCACAGAUUGCGAUCGAGAAUAUCGAGGUGAAAGGGAACUACACGAUGAAUGCGCUGUUCAACCGGGCCGAUGGUCCGUUCACCGUGAACAUGAAGAACGUGCUAACGAAGGCCAACGUGUCGCUGGCGGUCAAUCGCGAGGGACAGCUGCAUACGGACAACAUCGAGCUGGACAUUGCGUUCGAGGAUAUGGCGAUGGACUUCCAGAAUCUCGGAUUCAUGGGUAGCAUCUUUCAGAGUGUGGUCAAUUCGGCCUCCAACAUGGUGUACGACACGAUCAAGCCGUACAUGUUGUCCGAGGCGUACAAGAAGAUCCGCGAGGAGGUGGACGCACGAAUUCAGAACGUGACGCUCGAGAAUAAUUUCAUCUUGCCGAAUUCGAUCACCCCGCUGGACAUGGCGAUCGGUGAGGUUCGUAUUUUGGUCCGCAACAAGGGCUUCGAUCCGUUCCUGGUGCCCGACUACAACAAUACGGCCGGCAUCUUCGGUAUGCGGACCAUGCACACCUGGCUGAAGGGUGGCUCUAGCUUCUACCGGUACGGUGAUAUCUCGGUGACGAUGGAGCACAAUACGGCCACCGUCGGGAUGCAUGUGGCCACACAGCGCAUUACCGGUUCGACGCACUGGGAGGUCUCGGUCGGGCGCGGUCUUCUAUCGCGGGUGGGCCGGGCGCAGUUUACGGUCGAGUACAUCCGAGUGGCGAUCCAGAUCGCACAACCACUCGAUCUGCGCAAAAAGCUACAACUGAAGGACAUCCAACUGGAGCUGGGUAACAUCCAGGUACGGUGCGACGGUGCCGGAACGCUCGAUUACCUUGUCGAAGCGCUCGUCAACGUGCUGCCGAACCUGCUGCGCUACCAGAUUAUGGACGCGAUCGAGAACCCGCUCCGGAUGCGUAUCCAGGAGAAGCUGGAUUGCAUCAAUACGGAGCAGUUGGUGAAGAAGUACGCACGCGAGAUCGAGCAGCACGGCAUCGAUCUGGACCUGCAGGACUUUGAACUGUGCCACGCGUGAACGGGAAAUGCUUUCCGGUGCGUUUUGUUAUAAUAAAAGAAGUCUCCAA